CGUAGUUAUUAUCGCAGUUUCUGCAAGCCCAAGCUGAAUCCAAUUUUGACAGACUUCUGCACAUCACUGACUGGUAUUACACAGGCACAGGUUGACAAAGCUAAGAGUUUCAAAGAAGUACUGGAGAACUUUGAAGAAUGGUUGAACGUGCAACAUCUUGGCACAGCUUAUACGUUUGCAGUUGUCACUGAUGG